UUGAGCUAGAGUAGUCGUAUACUAUCCAAGCAGCCAUCACCAUGAGCCAGCGCUUUAUGAUGUCAGGUGGAUCUCAAUGGAGCUCCUCUGGAAGUACCAGGAGAGCUGGUAGUAUGUAUGGUGGUUCCGGUGGCACUGGAGUGCGCAUUUCCAGUGCCUCCAGCUCCUACUCUGCAGGUCGUGGUGGUGGUGCUUUUGGCUUUAGUGGUGCAGGGAUGGGCUUCAACCUGGCUGAUUCUGUAGACAUGCAGAUCACUAACAAUGAGAAGGCCACCAUGCAGAACCUGAAUGACCGUCUGGCUGCCUACUUGGAGAAGGUGCGCUCCCUUGAGAAGGCAAAUGCUGAACUGGAGUUGAAGAUCCGGCAGUUCCUUGAGAGUAAAACCUCUCCGACUGCACGUGACUACAGUGCAUAUGAGGCCACCAUCAUGGAUCUGCGGGCAAAGAUCCAGGAUGCUACCUUCAUCAAUGGAGGUAUCUAUCUCAGCGUUGACAAUGCAAAGCUGGCUGCUGAUGACUUCAGAGUCAAAUAUGAGAAUGAGCUUGCCAUGCGGCAGUCAGUGGAAGCUGAUAUUGCAGGAUUGAAGAGGGUCCUGGACGAGUUGACUCUGGCAAGAUCUGACCUGGAGAUGCAGAUUGAAGGCCUGAAGGAGGAGCUAAUCUUCCUCAAGAAGAACCAUGAGGAGGAACUUCUGGCCAUGAGAGCACAGAUGAGUGGCCAGGUCCAUGUAGAAGUGGACGCAGCACCUCAGGAAGAUCUGAAUAAAGUCCUGGCAGAUAUCCGUGAGCACUAUGAAGCUGUUGCUGCUAAGAGCAAGAGGGACUUGGAGAACUGGUUUCAAGCCAAGGUAGAACCACUAAACCAGGAAGUCACAGCUAACCUAGAGACAGUGCAGGCCUCCAAAACUGAAAUCACAGAGCUCAGGCACACACUGCAGGGGCUUGAAAUUGAGCUGCAGUCUCAACUAAGUAUGAAAGCAUCCCUGGAAGCUACAUUGGCAGAUACAGAGAAUCGUUACUCCAUGCAGCUGUCUGACCUCCAGAUGCAGGUCACCAGCAUUGAGGAACAGCUGGUGCAGCUACGUGCUGAUAUGGAGCGUCAAAGUCAUGAGUACCAGAUGUUGCUGGACAUAAAGACCCGUCUAGAGAUGGAGAUAGCAGAGUAUAGAAGACUGCUGGAUGGAGAGAGUAGCAGUGUUUCCUUUUCCAACUCCUCCUCUACCAGCUCACGUAAAGUGGUAACCAUUGUGGAAGAGAUGGUGGAUGGCAGGGUGGUUAGUUCCUCAACCAGAGCUGUGGCCGCAACUGUAUGAGCAGCUCACUGCAAUACUGAACAUGCCCAUCUCCUUAACACCAACAAUGCCUCAUAAAAAUGGCGAGUUAUAAUCUGGAGGUUGCUGCAAUAAAAAGAUCUGAGCUGUA